GACGUAGCCAUGUCUGGCCGGGGCAAAGGAGGAAAGGGACUCGGAAAAGGAGGCGCCAAGCGUCACCGCAAGGUUCUCCGUGACAACAUCCAGGGCAUCACCAAGCCCGCGAUCCGCCGUCUGGCUCGCCGUGGUGGAGUCAAGCGGAUCUCCGGUCUGAUCUACGAGGAGACCCGCGGAGUACUCAAGGUGUUCCUGGAGAACGUGAUCCGUGACGCCGUCACCUACACCGAGCACGCCAAGAGGAAGACCGUGACCGCCAUGGAUGUGGUAUACGCUCUCAAGAGGCAGGGCCGCACUCUGUACGGCUUCGGAGGUUAAAACGGACUAGACAUCUGGAACACAAAGGCUCUUUUAAGAGCCACCCACACCACCUGAAAAGCUGUUCCUUCAAUGUGAAACGCAUCACAUCCUGAUGUGCUCAAAAAUACACGACCAGAAGAUUGUUGCGGAAAUGAUUUAAAAAAUGAUCUAAAAUAAACGAACAUUUUAAUGUACUUGUGUGGUGGGCGCUCGGGAGGUGUGGCCUCUCACCCAGAGGUAUGAUGGGUAGGGACCUGACCGAGGGUAUAUAUAGAGGCUGUGUGGGGAAACGU